AUGUAUUCAGUUGAAGUGAGUGAUGUCACAGGAGCAGAAUUCUUUGGAAAUAAGCCUGACAAGGAAUGUAAGAAUUACAAGUGGCUGUACAAGAAUUACCAACAAGCCCUGACGCUCAUGUUUGCUGUAGAGGAGAUCAACAGGGACCCUCAGUUACUGCCCAACCUCACGCUGGGCUACCACCUCUACAACACCUACCACAGUGACGCCAGCACCUUGGAGAGCUCCCUGAGGUGGCUGUCUGGGCAGGGCCAGCUCAUCCCCAACUACAGCUGCUGGGGGCGGGAGCAGCCUGUGGCGGUCCUUGGAGGAGGCACGUCAGCUCUGUCUGUCCAGAUGGGCACCCUGCUCGAGCUCUACAGGUACUCGCAGAUCAUUUAUGGGCCAUUCAAUCCCAUCCUGAGUGACAAGACUCAGUUUCCUUCUCUAUACCAGAUGGCUCUGAAGGACUCUUCCCUCCACAAAGGGAUGGUCAGACUGAUGACUCAUUUUCAGUGGACGUGGGUGGCUCUGGUGACAGUAGAUGAUCUGAGAGGGGAGGAAUUUCUGAAAGAACUGACAUUGGAGAUGGCAAGUCAUGGCAUCUGUGUGUCCUUCACAGAGAAGAUCCCUGUCAGUGAGAGAAGACACGCAGAAUCCCAGGAGCCAUUCAUGCCCAGGAUCCUAGCAUCAACCACCAAAGUGAUUUUCAUUCAUGGUGACACUGACUCGUUGAUGAUCUUGAGAUAUUCACAAGUUACUUAUUUCCGAAGUUGGAAAGUGUGGGUCACCGCCUUUUAUUGGGACAUCACCAUGAGGCCUCGACUUAUUGAUGGCUAUACUUUCCACGGGGCCCUCACAUUUUCACACCUAACAAGUGAUGUUCCUGGUUUUAAGGCUUUUCUCAGGACGGUGAACCCUGCGAAAUACUCAAAUGAUAUUGUGCUCAGAGAAUUCUGGCACUCAGCCUUUGGAUGUACAGAUGAACCGAAAAAGCUGAGACAAGAGAAAUGUUCAUUAAAUGCUUCACUGGAGACUCUGCCUUUGCUUUUCUUUGACAUGGCCAUGUCUGACUUGAGCUACACCCUCUACAACAGUGUAUACGCUGUGGCCUGGGCCCUCCAUGUGAUGUCCUUGAUGAAAUCAGGAAAAAGGCCCAUUGUAGAAGGAGAAACCUGGGGGCCUCAUCCAUGGCAGCUCCACUCCUUCCUAAAGAAUCUCCAGUUUAACACCAGCGCCGGUGACUGGGUGUUCCUGGAUGAGAACAGGCUGCCUGAGUCUCAAUAUAACAUCCUGAACUACGUCAUCUUCGAUACCGACACCGAAACUCUGGUGAAGGUGGGGCAGUUCAGCCCCAACGCGGAGCCUGGCCAAGAUUUCACCAUUAAUGAGGAGGCCAUAGUAUGGGGCUUGUCCGAUUUCAAGAUUCCCUGUUGUUCGUGCAGUGAGAGCUGCGGCCCCGGGUUCAGGCAAGCCCCUCUGGAGGGGGAGCCCAUCUGCUGCUUCGGCUGUUCUCGGUGCCCAGAAGGGGAGAUCUCCAACCAGAUGAAUAUGAAGCAUUGUGUGAAGUGCCCAGAAGAUGAAUAUCCAAAUAAGGAAAGAAAUCAAUGCCUCCACAAAAUAGUGACUUUCCUGGAUGCUUCAGAACCGCUAGGGAUGAUUCUGACCUGUGUGGCUCUUUCCUUUUCUCUCAUGACAGCUCUGAUUCUCUGGGUAUUUGUGAAGUUUCAAGACACCCCCAUAGUCAAAGCCAAUAACCGGGCUCUCAGCUACACUCUGCUCAUCUCCCUCACCUUCUGUUUCCUCUGCUCCUUGCUCUUCAUUGGCCGUCCUUCAUCAGCCACCUGCCUCCUCCGACAAACAACAUUGGGGAUUGUGUUCACUGUAGCCGUGUCCUCCAUUUUGGCCAAAACCGUCAUGGUAGUCCUGGCUUUCAGGCUCACAACACCGGGGAGCAGGGGGAGAAUGUGGGUGCAAUCCAGAGUGUCCAACUCUGUUGUCAUUAUCUGUUCUGGGAUUCAAGUGAUUCUCUGUGGAAUCUGGUUGGGAAUUGCUCCUCCUUUCCCUGAGAUGGAUACAAGCUCUGAACCAGAUCGGAUCAUCAUUGGGUGCAAUGAGGGUUCUGUCCUUGCCUUCUACUUUGUCCUGGGCUACAUGGGCUUCCUAGCCCUCUGCAGCUUCACGGUGGCUUUCCUGGCCAGGAACCUGCCUGACACCUUCAAUGAGGCCAAGUUCAUCACCUUCAGCAUGCUGGUGUUCUGCAGUGUGUGGGUCUCCUUCCUGCCCACAUAUCAGAGUGCCAAGGGGAAGGCCAUGGUGGUGGUGGAGAUCUUCUCCAUCCUGGCCUCCAGUGCUGGAAUAAUGAGCUGCAUCUUUAUUCCCAAGUGUUACUUGAUCUUGUUGAAGCCAGAGAGAAACACCCAGGAAAGUAUAAAGAAUAAUAAUGCAAAUUCCAAGGGCAGGAAUCAUUAA